CCCGCCCUUCCUCGGGACUGCAGGCCGUUAGCCAGCACAACCGUUCCGGGAUGAUUGCGGAUACAGGAGAGCAAGGAAGACAACGUCUUCAAUCUACCUUAUGAUCUCUCUCAUCGCCCUUGCUGCGUUGAUUCUUCCUUUCUGUUUGCUUUGAUUAUCUUCGUUGACUCGUCGGUAUAACAACGAACCCGUUUGUUGCCCUUCACUCUUUAUUGUGUCUAUCCUCUGGUCUAGGUUGAGAGCCAGAAUGCCGUUCCUUAACAGACUUCGCGUCCUCGCCGUGGCUUCUCUGCUAUUGAGAGCCGUGUCGGCUCAGACUUGCUAUUAUCCGGAUGGUCUUACUCCCUCGGACGACAUACCAUGUAACAGCAACGCAGCGGCGUCCUCAUGCUGCCCUACGGGAUCUUUUUGCAUGGAUAAUGGAUUAUGUUUUGGAGGCGGUGUCGUUUCACGAGCUUCUUGCUCAGAUCAAUCUUGGGCAUCCACAGAGUGUGCCCAGUAUUGCACCGAUGUGAAUGCAUCCACAUCUAUUAGCUUGACUGCUUGCGAUGCGUCAUCAAGAACGUUCGCUUGCGGCCUAAACAAUACCCAAUGCUCAAACACCCAUUCCACAUUUACUAUGAAGGAUGGCAACGCUUUGGUCUUACGACCAUCCCAGAUUGAAGCCCUCACGGCCAACUACUCGGCCCCAUCGAGUAGCACCAAGCAUUCAUAUGGUAUCGGAUCGAUGAUCGGAGUUGCCUUGGGUGUUGGACUUCCUCUGUUCUUCGCUCUGGUCAUGUCCAUUCUGGUCUUGAGAAAGGAGAGGCAAAGACAUGCUCUCCAAAGCAUGUUCGAACAGCGUCUCGAACCAAUGGAUCCUCCCGCAAACUACCGAAGACGUUCAUUCUCUACUCUCUCCAAAUCUGGAACCAUGACGACUAUCGAAUCAACCUCGACAUAUGCUCCUCAGCAGCCAAAAGCUUUCAUGCAAAAGUAUGGUUACCACAAAGGAUACUAUGCUCAUGAGGGGGAUCUUGGUGUACCUGUCUUCGAGCUUCCUACCAACGCUCCCGAGAAGCACGAGAGAGUCGAAGCGCCAUGAUGUUAUGUCUAAAGUCGAUUGUCUUUGUUUGGUCUGUUCAUUGGAGUUUUGGGUCAACUCGGGCAAGACCCUUGAGAAUGAGGCGGUUAUCAUCGAAGUUUUUGUCUAUACCCAGAUGCGCGGAACUCAGAGGUUCGCGCUGUUUAUACGUUUUCUUUUGUUCAUAUGAAUACGAAGUGUUGCUCGUCUCA